UCGUGAAGACAGAACAACUAUCGAGGGUUUCUCCGCUCGCUCUCCACUGCUGCUCGCCUCGUCUCGUCGUCGUCGGCUAAUCGAAAUGGGGAUAGUGUUUCCAGAUUAUGAUCCUGCAGAUGCUCCUGAUUCGACGAUCCAGGAGGGUUUUAGGCAGAUGAGAGGGGACUUGCAGUCACUUCACCAGCAGCAAGAGGAGAUGCUGCAGCAGGAGAAAGAGAUGCUGCAGCGACGGGUGGUGAUGCUGCAGCGGGAGGAGGAGAUGCUGCAGCGACAGGAGGUGAUGCUGCAGCGAGAGGAGAAGAUCCUGCAGCAGCUACGGGAGAUGCUGGAUUUUCUCAGGACUUGGCAUCUUAGCCAGCAGCCAUCAGUCCCUUCAGCAGCUGCAGGAGGUAAUGCUGGAUGUUCUCAGGACUUGGCAUCUUAGCCAGCAGCCAUCUCCUCCUUUUGAUUAGCUCUAUGUUUGUCAUUCUCUAGUCGUGUUGCCUUAGUUGUGCAGCUAGUUGUAGCUAUGCAUGUUUGCUUUAUGUUUGGAUGUUAGUAAUGAAUGUUUGAACCCUUAUCUAUUUUGCUUAACAAGUUAAACUUUCUAUGCUUAAUCAAUGUCUAUCUAAUUGUUGAUAAUAAUUUAGUAUGCACUUGUUCA